UCCCCCAAACAGGGAGAGUUAACAGAGUAGUGACGGAAAAGUAAACGACCAAACCAAAUCCCAGAACCCCCGCCUAAAUCCCUAACCUUCGAAGAAGAAAGAAGAAGUAGAAACCCCAAAACACUGAACAAAGGAACAAUGUUUUCAAUUGCAGCAAUUAACGAUACAGACUCGAAAAAGCAGUGGGAACCUCUUGCUCCCACUAAAGAAGCCCAGGAAUUUCAUCUAUCACAAAUUUAUCAUGAAGGGCUUGCAAAAUUGCAAGCUAAAGACUACAAAAAGGCUCGUGAACUUUUGGAGUCUGUUCUAAAAGAUCCUAUGGUAUCAAGUGCUCAGGUGGACAAUAAUGUUAGUGAUGGUCAUCUUUUACAGCUCAGAUUUUUGGUGCUGAAGAACCUUGCUACCGUUUUUCUUCAACAAGGUCCUACUUUUUAUGAGAAUGCUCUACAGUGCUAUCUUCAAGCUGUGGAGAUUGAUAACAAAGAUUCAGUUGUCUGGAACCAGCUAGGAACUCUAUCCUGCUCAAUGGGACUUCUAAGUAUUUCGCGUUGGGCAUUUGAACAAGGACUAUUUUGCAGUCCCAACAAUUGGAAUUGCAUGGAAAAACUUUUAGAAGUUCUCAUUGCUAUUGGGGAUGAGGUUGCCUGUCUUUCUGUGGCUGAAUUAAUACUGAGGCAUUGGCCAUCUCAUUCACGUGCUUUGCAUGUCAAAACUACAAUUGAAGGGUCUGAACCCAUCCCAUUUGCUCCAAGAGGGAUAGACAAACUGGAACCAAAACAUAUCCGGUUGAAAUUUCCUGAAAAGAGAAAGGCAGAAAAUGAUGACCUGAUAGAUGGUGCCCCAUCAAAAAAGUUAAAGCAGACUAUAGAAGUUCAGCUUUCAGAACCUUCAUGGACUGCUCUUGCUGGUGAGCUUCUGCAGCUGUUAAAUUCGUUUGUUUCAGCUAGUCCUGAUCAGGAAAGAGGGCAAUAUAAAUCUGGGGAUGUUAGCUUAAGCAUACGGUUGCCUCACACUUCUGGAAGUGGCAUGGAGACCCUGGAAAGCAAAGGAUCUAUGUUGACCACAUCCAGUGAAGAUAUGCCGUUUGCUAAUUGCAAUUUUGAGAAAAAUUCUCACACUAAGGAAAAGGAAGCAAAUGUGUCUGAGGAACAACCUCAAGAAAGGCGAAGUAGUCGCAUUGAGAGGCUUAGGAGUCGUAAACCAGGGAAAGAGGAUUCAGAUUUUGGCACCACAAGGGAUCUAGCUAAAGUCAUAGUGCAAUUUCUACGACCUUUUAUUGUAGGUGGAGGAGGUAGCGAUGACUAUACGACUGAUGCUAGUACAUCAUCCGAUUGUGCUGAAAUUGUGACCCGUUCACAGGAUUCAGAGAGUACAGAUGUGAUCAGAUUUGUGGAGAAAACUUCAGAAAAUUAUGGUGCUUACCACAUGAGUCACUUAAUUUUAGAAGAGAUUGCUAGUAGAUGCAUUUUUUUUCAGGAUUCUAAUGCUAAAUUUUUGGACUUGGAGAAGUUGACUAGGCAAUGGGGGAAGGAAAGAACUCCAGAAUGCAGUCUUUUUCUUGCAGAGCUAUAUUAUGACUUUGGGCUACGGUCUCCAGACUCAUCAACAUCUGAAUACAUGUCAGAGGUAUCAUAUCAUAUUUGUAAAGUUAUUGAAUGUGUAGCACUGGAGUGUCCCCUUCAAAGUCUUGCUGUGGCUUCACAUGAUAAUCUCUCUUCAAGGGAGAGCUUGUCGGACCCUUGUAAAAUUGCAGUUGACAACAGUCAUCCGUUGAGCAAUGACUUUCCUUUCUGGGUACGUUUUUUCUGGUUAAGUGGACGCCUUUCGAUGGUGGAUGGCAACAAAGCAAAAGCUCAAGCAGAGUUUUCUACUUCUCUGUCGCUGUUGGUCAAUAAGGAGAACAAGAAUGAGUCUACUAGUUCUAUUUGCUUGCCCCACUGCAAGGUCAUUCACAAGCUUACUGUUGAUAGGAUUCUCAGUGAAAUUAAUCUAUUAGAGGUUGACUUCUUGAUGAAGAAGACUGUACACGAAAUGAUUGGGAAAAAUAUGUAUUCAGAGUGUGUAGAUAUGCUUGUUCCCCUUUUAUUCUCUGCUAAAGAUGUCCAUCUUGAUGUGGGGAAUGUUUCCGGGCUAGAUGAAGGAUUUACCAAUGUUGAGCUAUCUGCAAUAGAUGCUUUGAUCAAGGCAUGUGAACAAGCUAUGUCAAUGGAUAUUGAGGUUUAUUUGAAGUGUCACAGAAGGAAACUACAAAUACUGAUAUCUGCCGCUGGUCUAGGAGACUAUCCUCCUUCAAUUAAAAGUCAUGGCUUGAAUGUCUUCUCUUCCUCUGAAACAGAAGCAAAGGACAGCGCAUGCAUCUACUGGAACCACGUCAUUGCUGAAGAAGUCAAGGCAAUUUCUGGAUGUACGUCACGGAUAAAGAGCAUGAUUCCAUGCGAUCAUUUGAAUGGUGUUAUAGGUCCAAUGAAAGUUAUCAAGGAUAUCCAGUCUAUCUUGCUAGUACUUAUGUGCAAUGUUGCAAAUAAGUACCUUUGUAAGAAAUCAUCUGGACUUGGGAUUUCAGACGAAAAUUUGCAGGGACAGAUAUGCUACUUUGUAGAUGCAGCUAUUGCAUUCUGUAAACUCCAGCACCUUAGCCCUAGUGUUCCUAUCAAAACUCAGACAGAGUUGAUUGUUGCUGUGCAUGACAUGCUUGCUGAGUUUGGACUCUGCUGUGCCCAUGGAAAUGAUGACGAGGAGGGGGGUACAUUUUUGAAGUUUGCCAUAAAGCACCUGUUAGCCUUGGAUAUGAAGCUUAAAUCUAAUUGUCAAAACCAAAGCAAGGCUGAGAAUCAAGUCCAAAGUUCUGGUCAGAUAUCCCCUGUUUUUCAGAUUGAUGGUUCUGUUAAUGAAGCAAAGAUUAUUGAACAGGCUACAGAUGUGGAUCAUACAGAUGAAAUCAGUACACCAGAGAAGGAUGCUACUGAAAGGAACUAUUCAGAAAGCUUUUGCACUCAGGAAGGUCUAAAGAAAGAGGAGACAGGAGUAGAAUGUGAUAGAAACGUGGCUGCUAGGCCAAAUAGCGUGUUCCUUGAGAAACAAAAAGAAAAAGAAGACACUCAAUCUAUAGAAAGUGGAAAAGAAAUGACAGAGGAUGAGAGAGAAGAAUUAGAACUGGGAAUUGAUAAUGCUUUGGAUCGGUGCUUUUACUGUUUGUAUGGUUUGAAUCUUAGAUCUGACUCAUCUUAUGAAGAUGAUUUAGCCAUACACAAAAACACUAGCCGGGGAGACUAUCAGACAAAGGAACAGUGUGCUGAUGUUUUCCAAUACAUACUGCCUUAUGCUAAAGCUUCAUCACGAACCGGUCUUAUUAAAAUUCGGAGAGUACUAAGAGCUAUACGGAAGCACUUUCUGCAGCCUCCUGAUCAUGUUUUGGUGGGAAAUGCAAUAGAUAAAAUCUUAGAUGAUCCUGACUUAUGUGAAGAUAAACUGUCAGAAGAAGCUGGAUGUAAUGGCUUUCUGGAUUCAGUUAUCAAGACAGUAUUUUCUGAUCCUGGAAGCCUCAAACAACAGCAAGCAUUGUUGGUUGUUAGCUCUGGACCUUACCAUGAUGUGUACAGCAACUUGUAUUACUUUCUAGCUUUGUCUGAAGAAAUGAGCGCAACAGAUAAAUGGGCAGGUUUUGUAUUAACCAAGGAAGGGGAAGAGUUUGUUGAGCAAAAUGCAAAACUCUUUAAGUAUGAUUUACUGUACAAUCCCCUACGCUUUGAGAGUUGGCAGCGGCUAGCAAAUAUAUAUGAUGAGGAGGUGGACUUACUAUUAAAUGAUGGAAGUAAGCAAAUAAAUGUUUUGGGAUGGAGGAAGAAUCCUACUUUACCUCAGAGGGUUGAAAAAAGUAGGAGGAGGAGCAGGCGAUGCUUAUUGAUGACUUUGGCUCUUGCAAAAACGGCAAUUCAACAGGGUGAGAUACACGAAUUGUUAGCACUAGUGUACUAUGAUGGUGUUCAGAAUGUUGUACCAUUUUAUGACCAGAGAUCUAUGAUACCCUCGAAGGAUGCAGUUUGGAUGAUGUUCUGUCAGAACUCAAUGAGACAUUUCAAGAAGGCCUUUGAGCAUAAGGAAGAUUGGUCUCAUGCAUUUUAUCUGGGAAAAAUAUGUGAGAAGCUUGGCUGUUCACACGACACAUCUUUGUCAUAUUAUGCUAAGGCUAUUGCCUUGAAUCCAUCAGCUGUGGAUCCAUUCUACAGGAUGCAUGCUUCUCGCCUGAAGCUACUCUGCACAUGUGGGAAACAAGAUCGAGAAGCUAUGAAGGUUGUUGCAGCAUAUUCUUUUAUGGAGUCAACAAAGCAAACCAUAAUGAGUACUCUUGGCAUAGUUGGUGGUGAAAUUUUGGAACCAUCAAUGCAUAGCGAGAAAAGAAACUUAGAUGACAAUUGUGCCGGUAAUAUGGUGGAAGUUGCCAAGUUGGAAGAGGUGUGGCAUAUGCUUUACAAUGAUUGCCUUUCUGCACUUGAAAUCUGUGUUGAAGGAGAACUCAAGCAUUUUCACAAGGCCAGAUAUAUGCUCGCUCAAGGGCUGUUUAGAAGGGGGGGCAGUGGGGAUCUGGAUAAGGCAAAGGAGGAGAUUUCCUUCUGCUUUAAGUCAUCUCGUUCUUCAUUUACGAUAAACAUGUGGGAGAUUGACAGUAUGGUAAAGAAAGGAAGGCGCAAAACACCAAGUGUUUCUGUAAAUAGGAAACCUCUGGAAGUUAACCUAGCAGAAAGUUCUAGAAAGUUUAUCACUUGCAUCAGGAAGUACAUAUUGUUCUAUCUGAAAUUAUUGGAGGAGACGGGAGAUGUCUCUACGUUGGAUCGGGCUCAUGUUUCUCUUCGCUCAGAUAAGAGGUUCUCUCCAUGCCUUGAGGAUAUUGUUCCGGUUGCCAUCGGGAGGUACAUCAAGACCUUAAUUUUGUCCAUCCAGCAAUCUCUCUCGUGCUCUGAUCCUACUCGUGGUGCUAUUGAACAUCUUCUGGAGAAACUAUUUUCUCUGUUUUUAGACCAGGUCAACUUAUGGUCAGACAUAUGCAACUUGCCUGAGAUUAAGACCCCAGAAUUGACGGAGAGCUAUUUAUAUGGAUAUCUGUAUCAAUACAUCCAAUGCUUAGAGAGAAGUGUCAAGGUAGAAGCACUUGAAGGAAUAAAUGAGAAAAUUAGGAAGCGUUUGAAGAACCCAAAGUUGUCUAAUAGCAACUGUGCUAAAGUUUAUAAGAUCGUUUCUGUUGCUUGGUGUCGGUCUCUUGUUAUUAGCAUGGCUUUAAUAACACCAUUGCACUCAAGAAUUCCAAGUGAGAUCCAUGUUCCAGGUUCAUUAGGUAGUGGACUAGAAAAUAUACAGUUGCUCUGUGUAGAUUUGCAAUCAGAUGAAUUGUGGAGUUCAUCAUCUGAUGACCUAGAGCAUCUGAAGUGUCUUGAAACCAAAUGGAAUCCUUCAUUGUCUAAGAUCAAGAAUGUGAUAGUUAAGAGGGUAUCAGAUGAAGACUUGGAGACUGCUGCUAUUUUGCUCAGAUCUUCCUAUAACUUUUACAAGGAUACCUCUUGUGCAUUGCUCCCAUCUGGCAUAAAUCUUUAUACGGUGCCAUCUCAGUUAGCAACGGAGACAUAUGUCCAGCCAGGUAUAGAUGGCGUGGACAUACUUGACAUGAACACUUCAAGGAAGCUUCUUUUGUGGGCCUACACACUUUUGCAUGGAUAUUGUCCAAACCUUUCAGUCGUCAUUAAGUACUGUGAAGAAAAUGUUAAGGUGAAGAUGAAAAAGGGGACUGGAACUCCAUUGACACCUUCAAAUACAAAUGUUCCCUCGGGCUCAGCAUCUAAUACAGGGGGUGGCAAAGAUGGAACUGGUAAAAGCAAUGAAGUCGAUACUCCCUCUAUCUCUUCUGCUACUGCUGCUUCCUUGCCUGAAAUAGAUACUACAACUAAAAUGGCAUCUUCUCCAUUACCUGAAAAGCUGGAGCCGAGCAAUGUUGCAUCUGCUUCUUUGCAGGGAACCGAGGCAUGUAAUUUGGCAUCCGUAUCUCCGACUGAAACAAAGAUUAUCUGCAGUGUAUCAUCUACAUCUAUGCCUGAUAGUGGGAGCACAAAUUUGCCAAAUGUUGUAUCAUCCAAUGAGAAUCAAGGGUUUCCAUCAGCUACUUCUGAUCUUCUCGAUUGUAACGUUGUUCCCACAGAAAUGAGCCGUGUGGAUAUAGAAGGUGCCUCAGAUCUGAGCAAUGAUUGAUUUCUCACGGGGCGGACAAAUUUUGGCCAAUUUUACGUCCGAUAACAUGAAAAUGAUUCAUUUUGGUGUAUAUAAUUUGUCUGUAGGGAAGAAAUGGGAACUGGUAAAAGGCAACAGCUUGUGAAUAUUGAUAGUAGUGUCUCUAGACUCUAGUGGGUUUCUUAUGUGCCCUUGUACAGCUGCAAUAAAAAGUUUCAUUGGGGUACUUCCCGUAUGAUGUUCGCAUGUUAUACAGACGCUGAUUUAAUUGUGCAUUUUCCUGCUUCUAUCUAGCAGAUGUUUA